UGUAGUUCGGUUGGCAUGCGCCGCAGAAAUCAGAAAGAGUGCAUUCAUUCAUUGAAUGUAGGCUGCAAGUUGCAAAAAUUCAAGUUUACGGCUUUUGAGGGCGUAAACUUUGUGGCGUGAAGUUUUAAGAUUUAUGAAUUGUGAUUGUUUUGAGUAGUGAAAUUCUCUGACGCGAAGUUCUUGCGAUAAAGAUUAAUUGAACAUAUAUCAGAUGAAAUUGAAAGAUAAAAAUUAUGGAAGAGGAUGAUGGUCAAACUGGAAAACCUUUCAAGAUAACAACAGCUUCUAGAGAAAUAAAAAAAGGCGUAGUGGCUUCGUCUUUGCAAGAUUUGUCUUCAAAAGUAUUGGAAAAACUGAAUCUUUCAGACAAGGACAAUAUUACUCUUGUUCUUGAGGAUGAUGGUACUGAGAUAGAUGACGAAGAGUACUUUGGUACUCUGGAUCCCAACACCUGUCUAAUGGUGUUGACUGAGGGCCAGAAUUGGUUUCCGAAAUCUCCACCCUUACGUCUCAAUAUAGAUGAUGUGGACAACAAAGGGGAGAGAGACCUUGUUAACCUUGUUGGUAAGCUGAAGCAUAAUAUGUGUCAUGUGUCUUUACUUGGAGGUGCUGAUCUUGAAUUGCUCAGUGAUAUGGACCCAGAAUCGUUGGUUGAUAUAACAUUUCCAGAUAGAAUAUUUCUCGACCAGCUCAAAGAGGUUUCAGGAAGAUAUUUGGCUGAUAAGCGCCAGGCACAAGAUGCUUUGGAUUUGUUGCGAGUAUACAACGAGAAAGAAAAUGAGACUGAAGGUGGGAAAUAGGGAAAUGUAGAAACCAUUUUAUUAGAUAUCAUUAAUGGAACCCCUUACCUAAAAUGUAAGUUGAAAUUACAUACAUUUUAUAUCACAAA